GACGUUACUUUUUGUGCCACUGCAGUCUCCGUAGACAUCUAAACAUGGCGUCGUUCUGCAAACGAGUUAUGUAGCUUGUGUCCAGCUAUGUUCUGAUUGAAAAAAAAUCCAAGGGUUCCAUAAAAAACUGACAGUAAGAAUAAUGGGAUUUCAGUAUUUGUUUAGCGGUAUAUCGAAGUGUUGGUCUAGUCUUGUACGUCAUCGAUUAUCAAACGUUUCGCGAUUGCGGAACCUUAGCGAAGUGACACCGAGAGAGAUCUUGAGCCAUCCAUCACAUCCACCUUCACCAUCGUCGACAUGCACUGGCAUGAGCAAUGGCCACCUAUAUAGCCGUAUAAGAGUAGCAUACAGUUUGGGGAGAGAGGGUGCUAUAUGGGCAACAGAUACGUUGUGUUUUGGUCUGUUAUCAAUCCGCUCAAGAGUCAACACACAAAAACGGUACUUUCAUGUUAUGAAGAAACUGCACCAACAGGUGCCUCUUUCCCGCCCUCUUUCUACAUCGACAGCAGUUGCAAAAGACGUGAUUCUGUUUGAGCACGACCGAACAAGGUUCUUUCGCCUCUUAGCAGUCUUCUGUGGUGGUCAGUUUCUUUUCUGGACAUACCUGGCCCACUUUGCCUUUACUGGUCUUCGAGACACUGGUGGAAGUGGUUCUGGUGGGAGACAUGUCUCCACUACUGGCUUGGCCGGACUUUGGAGUUUCGAUAUGAACCUGGGAUCUAAUGCUUGGAGAUAUGGAUUCACACUGGCAUGCCUUGUUAUUGGUGGAGGGAUCAUGGGACUUGGUGCUCUGUUCUGCCGGCGUUCUGUCAGCCAGGUGAUUCUACAUAAGGGGGGUGGGAUGGUCACCGUGUCGACACAGUCACCCCUGGGACCAAACAAGGGACAGAGAAUUACUGUACCCUUGUCACAAGUGGCCUGUUACGCCCACAGACAAGAGUCUCCUACUUUCAUUCCCCUCAGGGUGAAAGAUCACAAGUUCUACUUUCUUUUGGACAGAGAAGGCACACUGAAUAAUCCCAAACUGUUUGAUGUUACAGUUGGGGCAUAUCGAUUUUUCUAGGUGUGUCAAGAUAACAAUGUGACUUGUCCCCCAUUGUCAAUGCAACAUUGUGUCAGUACAAUGGUGUUGAUUGGAAUGAAUUCAUUUACAUUUACAUUUAAGUCAUUUAGCAGACGCUCUUAUCCAGAGCGACUUACAAAUUGGUGCAUUCACCUUAUGUUCUGAACAUAAACCAUUAAGUUUACAAAAUC